AUGUCAGCUCCACAGCAUAGACAUGUGUUUCGUGAUGUGCAGGCCUUGCGAGGCGGCGUGCCCGAGGCCGGUGACCUUGCCCUGACCGACUUUCACAUGAUCUUCAAGUUUCCCGCUGAGUCGAGGAUAGCUGCCGAUUCGCGCUUGAAGAAACAGGUCAAGCAGGUGUGGUUCGCCUACCCCUUAAUAGCCCACUGCACUCUGCGACCGACCCCUCCUUCGAGCGGCAUUCCCUCGUCAAUACGACUACGUUUCAGGGACUUUACGUUCGUGACAUUCAACUUCCCCGACGACAAACAGGCUCGAGAUGCGUUCGAGUUUGUACGGGCCAGAACAUGCCGACUGGGCAGCAUAGAGAAGCUUUUAGCCUUCCAUUACACUCCUCCUCCAGGCUCACCCGAGCACAAAAUCAAUGGGUGGGACAUCUACGAUGCCCGAGCCGAAUUUCGCCGACAAGGCAUUAGUGAAAAGUCGGCCGACAUAGGCUGGAGGAUAUCUACCAUUAACAAGGAUUACACUUUCUCGCCAACCUAUCCGGCCCUGCUUGUUGUGCCGUCCAAGAUCUCGGACAAUACACUCAAGUAUGCGGCCAACUUUCGCUCACGGGCUCGGAUCCCUGUGCUUACUUACUUACAUCCUGUAAACAAUUGCACGAUAACACGGAGCUCACAGCCCUUCGUGGGGCUCCGAAUGAAGCGCAGUAUACAGGACGAGCGCCUUGUUGCCGCUUGCUUCUCAUCCAAUGAGCAUUUGGACAGCACCCAGUCGACCAAUGCUGACCGUAGUCCGGCUUCCAGCCAUGUCGACUUGAGUUCCGACUAUGCAGAGGACGAUCUGUCUCUAUCAGAGACAGAACGGAUGCGGAUGGAGGAAGAACUAGCCGGUGUCAACGCCUUCUAUGACGAGAAGACGGGUAAGCGGCUAAUCUACGGUGCACAGCAACACAACUUGAUUGUCGACGCCCGGCCAGCCAUCAACUCGUACGCCAUGCAGGCGAUAGGCAUGGGGUCGGAGAACAUGGAUUACUACAAGUUUGCAAAGAAGUCGUUCCUGAAUAUAGACAAUAUCCAUGUCAUGAGGGACUCAUUAGAAAAGGUCAUUAACGCCAUCAAAGACGCUGAUGUGUCUCCAUUCCCACCAAACAAGGAGCUCCUGGCGAAGAGCAAGUGGCUGAAGCAUAUUACUGGCAUCCUCGACGGUGCUGCUGUUAUCGCACGUCAGGUUGGUAUCCAACAUUCACAUGUUCUGAUCCACUGCUCCGAUGGCUGGGAUCGCACAAGCCAGCUCAGCGCCCUGGCCCAACUCAUGUUGGACCCGUAUUACAGGACGAUUGAGGGCUUCAUUGUGCUUGUGGAGAAGGACUGGUUGUCAUUCGGACACAUGUUCCAGCUGCGCUCAGGCCACUUGAGCCACGAGAGCUGGUUCACAGUGGACAACGAUGCACUGGCUGGAACAGCCAUACGCCCCGGGGAGAGUGACGGGCGAACAGAUGCGCUGGGAAGCGUUAUGGCUGGCGCGAAGAGGUUCUGGAAUAAGAACAUUGGGGGUGAAAAGGACAAGGAUACUUCUACCGAUGCCGACGAUACAUCAGCUUUGGAUGAUGCCAAAGCAGGAACGGCACCCGUCAGUGAGGAUCAAGCAACCAAACCCAGAGAUGUUUCCCCUAUCUUCCAUCAGUUCCUGGACGCCACUUACCAGCUCCUGCGGCAGCAUCCCACGCGCUUCGAGUUCAAUGAGCGUUUCCUGCGGCGGCUGUACUACCACGUGUAUUCAUGCCAGUAUGGCACCUUUCUCUGUAAUAACGAGCGACAGCGUCGUGAAGCCAAGCUGCGUGAGCGCACACGCAGUGUAUGGUCCUAUUUCCUGGCGCGGCGUCAGGAGUUCACGAACGACAAAUACGACCCUGUUGUCGACGACCAUGUAAAGGAGCGCGAGCGGAUUAUCUUCCCGAAGUUGGACGAUAUUCGCUGGUGGUAUCAGCUCUUCAACCGCACCGAUGACGAAAUGAAUGGCGAUAUCAACGCAUCCAUUGCAACGCAGGAGCGUGUCGCGGCCUACCAAGCAACAUUAUCUGAGCCGGGAAUCCUGAGCGCGGAUAGCACGAGCUUUAGUAGCCCGUCCGAGCCCGGUUCUCGGAGUUCAGCGAGUCCUGCACGUAGAAGCCCUCAGCCACAACAGGCAGCAGGCCUCUCGCAAGGCAAGUCGAUGCUGGCUAGCAGGGAAAGCAUCCACGAAGCUCUUACACCGGAGACUAGGACGUCGUCUGCAUUGAAUCGUAGUGCUUCGACGGGAGGCAUUCCUGCUACGCUAGGGGCAUUGCAGGAUAAACUGUCUUCUUUAGCAAUCGGGAAAGGAGUGUUUGGGAGUAGCACUGGGAGCUCGAGCUCAGGGAAGCUAAGUGGUAGCAGCGACAAGCCGGAUGAUGAAGGCAGCAAAGAGCAAGAGAUGAAGGAGAUGAGCUAG